GGCAAGGGGUGAAAGGUCACAAAAAUGGCGCUGGCCGUCAGUCUCUUACCCCGCUUGCUGCUUUCUCGGCCUCUGCCGGGCUCGGCUGCCCGACUCUGGACUCCCGGUUCGGCCGACGUGUGGCCGCCGUUGGCUGGACUUUGCUGCUUCUGCCGCCGCCGCCUCGGCUCGGGAGCGGCCCCAUUUCCUCGAGUCUCUUGGGCCUCCGCGGCCUUGGCGCUGCCUGCUCGAGCUCCUCAGCGUCCCCUGCUCAGCCCUCUGGGACUCCCCACAACCCUUCCCGCUUUCCCUUCCUGCCCUCGGCGAAUCUACAGCACCGAGGAGCAGCCCCAGCAGCGCCAGAAAACCAAGAUGAUCAUCCUGGGGUUCUCCAACCCCAUCAACUGGAUUCGGACUCGAAUUUACUCCUUCCUUAUCUGGGCCUAUUUCGACCAAGAGUUCAGCAUUGCAGAAUUCUCAGAGGGAGCGAAGCAGGCUUUUGCUCAUGUGUCCAAGUUGCUGUCACAGAGUAAGUUUGAUCUAUUGGAAGAACUUGUGGCCAAAGAGACACUACGUGUAUUGAAAGGAAAGGUUACUUCACUACCUGACAACCAUAAAAAUGCCCUUGCUGCUGACAUAGAUGAAAUUGUAUAUACAUCAACAGGAGACAUCUCCAUUUACUACGAUGAGAAAGGAAGGAAGUUUGUUAACAUCCUGAUGUGCUUUUGGUAUCUAACCAGUGCCAACAUCCCCAGUGAAACUAUAAGUGGAGCCAGUGUGUUCCAGGUUAAGUUGGGGGAUCAGAACGUGGAAACUAAACAACUUCUUAGUGCGAGCUAUGAAUUUCAGAGGGAGUUUACACAAGGAGUAAAGCCUGACUGGACCAUUUCACGGAUUGAACACCCAAAGUUAUUAGAAUAAUCAAUCUUGGAAAAAUCAGCUUAUUGGACUUUUAGCAAUUACUGAGAAGAACUAAGGAAGAAAAAUUUUUCAGAUCAGUUGAUCUUCACUUAAUCAAGUCUGUGGAUUACUUUUGUAUUAUUUUGAAAUACUCCUUGUAGUAAAUUGGCAUGAUACAAUAAAGCAUUUUCCACAGAU